AUGGACGCCGCUCAAGUGAAGAUCCGGUUGUUCACGAAGGAGGAGGACGAGUCGUUGCACGUCUCCGACGCCCCGCUCUACGUGCCGGUGCUGCUUAAACGGUACGGGUUGUCUGAGGUCGUCAACCACUUAUUAGAGAAAGACACCGAGGCCCCCAUCCCCUUUGACUUUUUAAUCGAUGGCCAGUUGUUGCGGACGCUGAUUGACGAGUACCUUGUCCAGAACGGGUUAUCGCUGGAAGCGUUCCUCAACGUCGAAUAUACCCGGGCGGUGUUGCCGCCGUCGUUCCUCGGUCUGUUUAAUAACGAGGACUGGGUGAGCUCAGUUGACGUGAUUAACCCUCAGCUGGUAGCCGCCACUUCGUCGCAAGUUCCCAUCACUGAUGCUAAGAUCUUAUCCGGUUGCUACGACGGCAUUGUCCGCACAUAUAAUGCUCUGGGCCAAGUGGAGAGACAGUUCGUCGGCCACCUGGCUCCGGUGAAGGCGGUGAAGUGGGUGUCGUCGACGAGAGUGGUGCUGGCAGGUAACGACAGACAGGUGAGAUUGUGGAAGAGUGGUGCUGAGCCGGUGGCGGUGGACGACGACGAAGAUGCAGAGUUGGGCAAGACCUACGCGAUCUUAGAGGGACACAAGGCGCCGGUGGUGACGCUUGACGUCCACCAGGGGUCGAACCGUAUCAUCCUGGGUGCCUACGACAACACGGUGGCGGUGUGGCUGACGAUCCAGCUGCAGAUGGCGGCGAUCAACGUCCACGCCGACGAGGACAAGUACUUGCUGCUGGCGCUGAAGAAGCGGCGGAAAAUGGCGGUGCAGGACGCCACCUUACGGCGCCGGGCCCCGUUGCUGGUGCUAGACGGCCACACCCAGCAAGUCGAAGGGGUGGCUUUUGACGCCCGCGACGCGCUGGUGGCGUACUCGGUGUCCCAGGACCACACCAUCAAGACGUGGGACUUGUACACCGGCAAGUGUGUCGACACCAAGCAGACGGGGUACUCGCUUUUGCUGGUGUUGCCGUUAGCUGGGCCCAGUCUCUUGGCGACGGGGUCGCUGGCGAGACACAUCAACUUGCUGGACCCGCGGGCCGAGGAAGCGACGCUGAAACGGCUUGUCGGCCACACCAACUUCGUGGUGUCGUUGGCGGCGUCGCCCGACAACGCCAACUUGUUCCUGAGUGCGUCUCAUGACGGCACCGUUAAGGUGUGGGACGUACGCGGGGAAAAGCCGUUGUACACCAUCACCAGAGAGGGCGCCGACACGAAGCCCAAGUUGUUUGGGGUGGCGUGGGAUCCCGUGGUGGGGAUCGUGCUGGGGGGGCUGGACAAGAAGCUCCAGAUCAACAAGGGCACCGAUAUUGCCAAAUAG